UUCAUCCCUUGACAUCUCCAUCAAGACACAAUAGGUCCGACAAGCCCAACACAAAAUCCCAUAGCCCAAAAAAAUAACCCAAAAAAAUUUGGUUUUGUAUUUUGGUACCCAAUCAGAUGUUUGAGUUUUUCUAAAACCGGGACCGCAAAAUUGACCAUGGCAACGAAGCACCCAACUCCCCGCCAGCUGGCUUACCUCGAUGAGCUGAAGAUGCGUCUGCAGGAGCUUCGCGAUCGGCAGGCCAGUUUCAUAGAGCAGACGGCCAAGAUUCUCAGCCGGAUGAGCUCCUCCAGUUUGGAUCCAUUAGUUCCCCAGCCAGUGCCCAACAACCUGCCGGAAGGAAAUGUGGGCGAGAACCCUGAGACUGAUGGAGUGGCCGGAAUCACCAAGAGGUCCAAGGGCAACCUUAAUAUCAAACAGCUCAUCCAGCGCUUCGAGGAUCUGCGCAAGAACUCCCAGGAUUUUGGUGAUCUGCCAGAGGUCCCAGAGGAAUUGAUCAACGUGGAUGUGCGGCGCAUUCUAAAUGGCUAUGAGAAACUCAUAGAAGACGGCAAUGUUCUUCAGCACUCCUGGUUCAUGCUGAAAAAGAGCACGGAAAGUUGUGCCCGUUUCGCAGGUGCCAGUGGCAUGAACACAGAAGAACUUUCUCCAUCAGAGACAACCUCGGGCAUCGUAGAGGUGACAUUUGUGGUACCAGAACCUAGUCCACAGUUGUUUAAGAUAUCCAAGGCUAAAGCAUCUCCAUCACUGCACUCAAAUGUGGUUACCAGUUCAGAGGAGGGAGAGGUAUCGAGCCCGAAGGAUGUCAACUGUAAGAGUAAUGCCCAGGAAUAUGGUCAUGCGCGUUGGGGAGCCUUCAUGCAAUUGAUCAUUCGAAUCCUUCGUCCUUUCCAUGGAUGCAGUAAGAACAAGAAGAAUUCCGCUCAGUGCGUUUCAGACAACCCAGUUGCCUGCCACCUGCCGAAAAAGAAGCGCAUCCACUAGAUUUCUUCAAUAGCUAGGCACACACUCACAAAAUGCACCAUUGAAGAUCCAAACUAAGCCAAACCAAUCCCGACAUAAUCCCACUAAAAAUAAUCCAAUAAAACCGACCCACAA